AUGCCCAAAGAAACCCACUCAGACUCAGACGAAUACAGCGGGGAAAACAGCUACAGCGAUGACGGGUCGUACAGCUCCAACUCCAAUGCCCUUUCAGACCUCUCCUCUAGCAGCACCAUGCCCGCUCUGUUCUCUGUGCAGACAGAUGCGUGCUCUGGAGACUAUGACAGAAUCGAGCUUCUUAUCAGACAGGCCAAAACACUGAACGUUCUGGACAUAACAGAGAACGACAAAAUGGCGCUCUUCAGCAAGAUAGUCGUGCGGUCCGAGGCAGAGAGCAUAGACGCAGAGCCUUGGAUCACUUCCUUCUUUUCUCUGAUGGAAUACGCCCAAGUGCGGCGCAUGCUGCACCCCAAGGUGUGCGGUGCCAUAGAAAAAGUAGCAGGGCAUAAGGAGAUGAAUCUUCUUAUCUCAGCCCGAUUUUCAAAUGUGCCUGAGGAGGUUGUGUUUGAGAUGUAUGAGGCUCUUCCUGAGAUCUCUGCAAAGGCAGGAGGGCGGCAGCUGAUGCUUCUUUCGCUGGAAAAGCCCGUUGGGAAGGAGGAGGAGAAGGAGAUACAUGCAGUCUUCCCCACCUUCAAGUUUGCAUCAAGCGCUAAGCUCUUUCCCGUGAACACUGAAGACAUCUUUCUCAUCCUGGGGAAAAAGAAGCCUGUGUUCGUGUGUCCAAUGUCGAACAACGCUGUGAUAAAAGGGUAUGUGCUUGAUAAGGCCGAUCUUAAUGAGUUCAUUGCAGCAAUGAGGGAGUAUUACGUAUAG